AAGCUGAGACAAAUGCUGUGCCUGUGCUCUUUGAUAUUAAAAAUAUAGCCUGGCUCUUUGUUAUUUUGAGUUCAUGUUAAAAAAAUGUUCUUCAGACUGUCACGUAACAGCUUAACUGAGAAGUGGUGAGCUUCCUUUUCAUACUAAAGGGGUUUCAUUUCCCUUUUUUCAAGAGCUACUUCCUUGUGUUUAGCAGAUCCAAGUGCAAGGUACAUUACAUGUGUAAACCAUAAUUUCCAUUAGCUCAGCAGGGAAGAAAAAGACUAGACAUCACUGCGGAUCGUAAAGGCUCAUCUGAAGAACGGAUUUCACAGUCACAAAUUUGUUGUAGGCUGUGCUCAGUAAAUGGGCUUUGAGUCUGGAUUUAAAUGCUGUGUCUAAUUCAUUGACAAUAACAGGAAGCCUGUUUGAGAUGGAGGAGGCUUGACAGGAGAAGUCUCUGUAUCUAGCUUUUGUAAGGGAUGACACCGAGUCCUGAAUUCUUGGAGCAGAGCAUGCAGACAGGCUUACGAGGGCUGCAGAUCCAUGAGCUGUUGAGAUGGAGGAAGCAUACAGUGAACUGUACCAGGAGUUUCUUCGACUGAGGUCACUUUGCCUGAGACAGGCAGCUCUGUUGCACCAACUCACAACAGCCCUGCGGAAACAGCAAGGCGCCACUGUUCCCAAUGGAGACAUGUGUGAUAUGAUGUCCAUCCCUGUCCAGUGUACCCAAGAAAUCCCUGCGUAUUUCCAUGAAAAGCCUCGUCCACUGACAGCUGCAGCACACAACCUUGAAGCACAGUGUGACUUUAAUCGCUACUCCAGAAACAUGGGGAUUUUCUCUGACGCCCUUGUUGAAGAUAUGUCCAAGCUCUGCGUGGAUUUGCCUCUUCAGAGAAAGGGGGAUGGGAAGUUGGAGCAGAAGGUUGCACCGUUGUUAACCCUGGACUCCUCGAGGCGGCGAGGAGCCUCUUCCAAUGAAUCAAAAAAUCCAGGGCAAGCAGACCAUCCCAGUAGAGACAGGACUCUGCAUACAGCAAGGGUAGGUGUCCUCAGCAGACAAAAAUCCCACCUGUGGCCAUGGGUUCUCAAAUCUGUCCUUGGAUUAUUCCAUAUUCUUCAUCACAAACCCCCUGUCUUUUACUGUCAGAUGCCUGUGUCAGACACUCCCUCCCUGGUUGGUGACUUCUUCAGCCAGUCUGGUGGGUUGCUGGUGUCAGAUGUGGCAUUGCAGUCUCACGUUUGUGACUUCUGCCAGGCGGUUUUCCCGGGAGACACAACCACCAGAGGAGAGUUCCUACGACAUCUCCACACCCACAUCACCUAGACAGAGGUGACCGUGCUCCUCCUCCUAACAUAUGAGUUAUGUGUUCACAUGAUAUGCUGUGGUGGAGCAGGGAAAACUCAGUUAACCUCAGGAAACAACAUUGCAAUGGAUCUGUUCCUAAUGUGGUUAGCUGUUUGCCAAUGGAUGAACUGUGCAGAUGCUGACGCUGGCAUUGUUUCUGAGAUGUAAUGUGAAAGGUGGCUUCCUGUGUUUCCAUUGCAUGUGCAAGUAUGGAAAAAAAAAAAGUGCAUUUUAAAAGGCUUGGUUCACCCAAAUUACAAAAUUUUCUCCCUUACAUCUUCAGUACUAGUAUCGCCAUGGUUUUAUUAGUCAAGGUUUUGAAAUAUUCGUCUCUGAGAUUUAUGCCUCAAAACAACAAAAAAAGAAAACAAAAACACUGCUCUACAAUAUGAGAUUAAUAGAGACUACAUGUCUUUGAAAAACACCUUGAUCAUGAUGGCUUGUAUGUAACUACAAAAAUAAAAGUAUGUUCAGGGGAAUAAAUAAUUGAAAUAAAUAAUUGGUCGUGUUCAGGCAAAAUUGGCAAGAAAUUUCAUUGUAGUUCCUGGGUCAGAGGGACAAAUAUCCUCUGCGGUGUUUAUUUGUUUAAAUAUUAAUUAGUUAAUCAGUUAAUAAGAUGGAAUAAUGCCAUAAUGCCAGUACUGGAAAGUGAGAUGAUGUGUUGUUUAUGUGUUGUGUUGUUUCGUUUAAUUAACUGCUUGAAAGAAUUCCUGUUUCAUCAUCCCGUCUCACUUUGUUGUUGUUGGUAUCCUGUUAUGAAGCGAUUGAAAUGGGUUCAGUUGUCACUAACCAGUGAAUUUCAGUGCUGAAUAGGAUAGUGGGGGUCUUUUCACUGUCAACAAUUACUUUUCCUGUCUGCUUUAAUUAUGGCACCCUUUGAAUGAUCUUCUCAAACUAAUUUAAUGAGAUUCAGUUUAUAAAUAACAGAAACUCUUAUUUAUCUGUUUUUUUUAAAUUUGCAUGCGCGAAGAGACCUUGCAGACAGCUUUUUAGCUUUGUUAAAAUCCGAAUAAACCUUUGCUCCCAUUUCUAUGCAGUGGGCAAUGCUCAUUGUGCUUGUAAUGCAGAUUUUACAAAAUAUAUAAAUAUGUAUAUCUUGUUAGGCAGAUAAUUAGCCCUCCUAAUUUCACAAAUGGUCAAUAUACUGCAUUUUCAGUGUUUGCAGCCGAGCAUCAAACCAGUCAGCUGUCUGCUGCGCAGCUCUGCACAACUGAAGAAAGCGUCUGGGCUAAGAAUAGACUCAAGAGAUUUAACUCCCUAAUUAGUGGUGUUGACAGCUGAUUGAUGAUGACGCCCCCCUUCAUCUUUUGCCACACUGAAUGUAGCUCUCAUUAUCACUGUAAAGAAAACCAACCCAGAUAUAAUUGCUCUUGUAUAAUCAAAAAGCUCAAAGCAAUUUCUCAAAUAAACAUCAUAAUUAACAUCUGACCAGGUUUCCUUGGAUUUUAGUUCAGUGGCGGUGGACGUGGAAUUCAGUGACACGACUGAGAGUCUACAGUCAUGCUUUGAGCUCAGUGCUAAUGUCAGCAUGCUAACAUGCUCACAGUGAUA